CUCUAGUAUUUCUGUGGCCUUUUUUGUAAGCACUAUAAAAAUCACUUUUUGGUUAUACAUAACCACUACUUUUUAUGAGUAUUUUCUAUAAGCACUAUUUUAGAAAUUUAUUAUUAAAAAAAUCACAAAUUAUUACUAAUGAUGAUAAUACUGUGCACAUUGAGCUCGUAUAGGCCUGGACGCAUGCGCCAACAAUGGACGGCCCAAUUCUAUAUUCCAACAGCCCACAAAUUAUUUCGGAGAUCCAACCCCACGUAAGAGCUUCAUCGUCUUCCCUUAAUUACUGUAAGAGAGGCAGGUUACAAACUCUCGAUCCAACAAUCACCAGAUUUCUCAUUCUCAGUAAGCAAUGGCGGCGGCGUCAACCCUUCUCAGAUCCUCCUUCUUCUCCUCGCCUUUGAACACCCAGUAUUCCCAAUCCAAUCCUUCCCACUGCCCCACUUCCAACUUCAGACCAAUCAAAGCCGCCGCUUCUUCCUCACCGGAAUCCUCUUCCUCCUCCGCCGCCUCCGCUCCUCCACCACCCAUAAAGCAUCGCCGUCCGACCAAUGAAAACAUCCGCGAGGAGGCGCGAAGGCAGAACACCUCGUCUCACAACUUCUCGGCCAAAUAUGUCCCAUUUAAUGCCGACGCGAGUUCAACGGAGUCGUAUUCGCUCGAUGAGAUAGUUUAUCGGAGCCGGUCCGGGGGGCUUUUGGACGUGCAGCAUGAUAUGGAUGCCUUGAAGAAAUUCGACGGGGAAUAUUGGCGUUCCCUCUUCGAUUCACGCGUUGGGAAGACCACAUGGCCAUAUGGCUCCGGCGUUUGGUCCAAAAAAGAAUGGGUUUUGCCUGAGAUCGACAGCGACGACAUCGUGAGUGCAUUUGAAGGAAAUUCUAAUCUUUUCUGGGCCGAGCGUUUUGGCAAACAGUUUCUGGGCAUGAAUGACUUGUGGGUCAAACACUGUGGGAUUAGCCAUACGGGAUCCUUCAAGGAUUUGGGCAUGACUGUUUUGGUGAGCCAAGUGAAUAGGUUGCGGAAAAUGAAGCGUCCGGUGGUCGGCGUAGGCUGUGCUUCGACUGGGGACACUUCAGCAGCUUUAUCAGCUUACUGCGCAUCUGCUGGUAUUCCAUCUAUAGUUUUCUUGCCUGCAAAUCGGAUAUCCAUAGCUCAACUGGUCCAGCCCAUUGCCAAUGGGGCUUUUGUUUUGAGUAUAGACACCGAUUUUGAUGGCUGUAUGCAGAUGAUUCGGGAAGUUACAGCUGAAUUGCCUAUAUAUUUGGCGAAUUCGUUGAACAGUUUGAGGUUGGAAGGGCAGAAAACAGCUGCUAUUGAGAUUUUGCAGCAGUUUGAUUGGGAAGUGCCUGAUUGGGUGAUUGUUCCUGGUGGAAAUCUGGGCAAUAUUUAUGCAUUCUAUAAAGGGUUCCACAUGUGCAAAGAAUUAGGGCUUGUUGAUCGGUUGCCCAGGCUUGUUUGUGCUCAAGCUGCCAAUGCCAAUCCGCUUUAUUUGCAUUACAAAUCGGGUUGGAAGGAUUUCAAGGCCAUCAAGGCUAAUACUACAUUUGCUUCUGCUAUUCAGAUUGGUGACCCUGUUUCGAUUGACCGGGCUGUUUAUGCACUGAAGAAUUGCAAUGGCAUCGUUGAGGAAGCUACCGAAGAGGAACUAAUGGAUGCUACAGCUCAAGCUGAUUCAACUGGGAUGUUUAUUUGUCCACACACUGGUGUGGCAUUGACUGCAUUGAUCAAGCUCCGGAACAGCGGAGUUAUAGGGCCUACUGAUAGGACUGUAGUGGUUAGUACAGCUCAUGGAUUGAAGUUCACUCAAUCCAAAAUUGAUUAUCAUUCAGGGGCGAUUAAAGAUAUGAAUUGCCGUUAUGCGAAUCCACCUGUACAAGUGAAGGCAGAUUUUGGGUCAGUCAUGGAUGUUCUCAAGAAGUACUUGUUGAGCCAGGAGUCCAAGUUCUAAAAAGAAGACUCUUGUUUUUCUUUUUCUAAAAGUAUGGAUGAACUAACUCGUGAGCAUAAUCUAAGGUCUUGCUCGUGUGUUUUUGUGCUGUGAUGUUUUUGGUUGAGUUUUUCUACUUUUCUAGAUAAUGAUGAUGAUGUUGUUUUUUCUUUGUUCUUUUGGAUUCCCAGUUAUUCUCCUUGAAUGGAGCUGUUUGAAGUUUCAUAGAUUGAGAAUGAGGACUGUACUAUUUUAGCUUUCAUUUUGAUGAUGAGUUUUAGAGGAAUUAGUUUUACAUACUGAUCCAAUUUUUCUGAUUCUGUUGAGGAACCUAGCUUUUGAAUGCUUCAUGUGCCUGAAUCUUGGGAACAAUAGUACCUUUUUCAUUACAGUGCCUCUCAUGUAGGCAUGGAUCUGUUUGUGUAACUCAUUUUAUAAAGUGGCUAGCUUGUUAUCACAAUUACACAAGACAAUUCUACCAUUCUCUGAUACAAAGAGCGUCCAAAAAGUGAUUUCAUCUGCCGUGUCUUAAUUGUUUCAAUUACUUGCAGAGCUGGAGACAACUAGAGGGUUGGCUGAACUUGGUUAGAAACUACAGUUUA